AUAAAGUAUUCGCAACUUCCAUGACUAAGCAAACAAAUUACAUGAAAAGAAGAAAAGAGAAAUUGUUGGGUUAGGAAUUAAAGAUUGGAGUAGGUUUUUUGAUGACAUAUUUUACGUGUUAAUGUAAGUUGCCUUAUUCUGACAUUCAAUUCAAGUUGGUAGGCUGCUGACUUACCGCCACUGUUUCUGACCCUCUUCAAGGCUUUACAUUAGGAUUUCAGAGACCAAUUCAUCUUCCUAUAUGUUGCAGUCAUUUUGAUCAAAAUCUGCCAAAUUGUGUUCCCACUUCCCAGUUGAGUUUCAAUGGCGACGAAAGAGAAAGAUCCUCCAUCAGGAGCCCAGAUCAGGGCCAAUUCCAGGCAGGCCAACGGCAAUGUUAUACACCCAGUAGAUAUAGAGACACAGAAGCCUCAAGUGUCUACCCCAACUCCAGUUGUUUAUAAAGAAAUCAAGCAUUUCAAGAAAUGGUUUCCUUGGUUAAUUCCUUGUUUUGUGUUGGCUAAUAUUAUCAUGUUUGUCAUCACUAUGUACGUCAACAACUGUCCCAAGAACUCUGUCUCUUGCAUUGCUACAUUUCUCGGUAGAUUCUCGUUCCAACCCUUUAAGGAGAAUCCUCUUCUUGGCCCCUCCUCGAUCGCGCUGCAGAAGAUGGGAGCUUUAGAUGUUGGGAAAGUGAUUGACCAGGACCAGGGUUGGCGCCUCAUCACUUGCAAUUGGUUACAUGGAGGAGUUUUCCAUAUACUGGCAAAUAUGUUGAGUCUUUUAGUUAUUGGAAUUCGGCUUGAGCAAGAAUUUGGGUUUGUGCGGAUUGGUUUGCUAUAUGUCAUCUCUGGAUUUGGUGGGAGCUUACUAUCAGCUCUUUUCCUCCAGUCAAAUAUCUCGGUUGGUGCAUCUGGUGCACUUUUUGGGUUACUUGGAGGCAUGCUUUCAGAACUCAUCACUAAUUGGACAAUGUAUGAUAACAAGAUUGCAGCAUUUGUGACUCUUGUGGUCAUCGUCGCUGUCAAUUUAGCCAUGGGAAUCCUCCCUCAUGUUGACAACUUUGCUCAUAUUGGAGGAUUUGCUACCGGGUUUCUUCUUGGGUUUGUGUUUCUUAUCCGCCCGCAGCUCGGAUGGGUUACACAAAGAUACGCUCCUCCUGGAUAUUCAGCUUCAUCUAGCCAUAAAUUCAAGAUGUAUCAAUGCGUUCUUUGGAUUGUUUCUCUAAUCCUCGUAAUUGUGGGCUUAACUGUUGGCCUGGUUAUGCUUCUCCGAGGAGUUGAUGCAAAUGACUCUUGUUCCUGGUGUCAUUACUUGUCUUGUGUCCCUACAUCGAAAUGGAGCUGCAAGACAGAGCCUGCAUACUGCUUGUCCAGCCAAGUGGGGAGCCAGCUAAAUGUAACAUGUUCGAGUAAUGGAAAAUCGGGUGUUUACAUGUUGUCAAAUCCAAGCACUACUGAGAUCCAGGGAUUAUGCACUGAGCUUUGCAGUUGAUUUAUGUUAAAUACAGGAGGGGUGGAAAUUGGCAUUAGCCGCUUAGAUGUAUAAAAUAAACUCUUGGUAGUUUGUUACACAUGUUUAAAUCUCCUUUUAAUUUUGUGUAAAUUGACCUUCAUAAUGUUAACAAUAGUUGAUUGGUUGCUUGAUUUACUAAAUAGAUGUUUUACAU